AUGGGGGGCGGAGGCCAGCAGACGGAGUCAAGCGAGCCGGCCAAGGGUGGCGUGGUUGGGCCCGGUGGAGGGCGAGGAGGGCGAGGUGGCAGUGCAGUCUACACCUGGGAAGAGGUCCAGAGGCACUGCCACAGAGGCGACCAGUGGUUGGUCAUCGACAGGAAGGUCUAUAAUAUUACCCAGUGGGCGAAGAGACACCCGGGUGGCAUCAGGGUCAUCAGUCACUUUGCUGGAGAAGAUGCCACGGACGCAUUUUCCGCAUUCCAUCCUGAUCCUAAUUUUGUCAGGAAGUUUCUGAAGCCGUUGCUGAUUGGAGAGCUGGCACCGACAGAGCCCAGCCAGGACCAGGGGAAAAAUGCAGCUCUGGUGCAGGACUUCCAGGCCUUGCGCGACCGUGUGGAGAGGGAGGGUCUCCUCCGUGCCCGCCUCCUGUUCUUCAGCCUCUACUUGGGCCACAUCCUGCUACUAGAGGCCCUGGCUUUGGGCCUGCUCUGGGUCUGGGGGACCAGCUGGAGCCUCACACUGCUCUGUUCCCUCAUGCUGGCCACGUCUCAGGCCCAAGCUAGCUGGCUGCAGCAUGACUUCGGCCACCUGUCAGUCUUCAAGAAAUCCAGUUGGAAUCACGUACUGCAAAAGUUUGUCAUUGGACACCUAAAGGGUGCAUCUGCUAACUGGUGGAACCAUCGUCACUUCCAGCACCACGCUAAACCCAACGUGUUUCGUAAAGAUCCUGAUAUCAACUCACUGCAUGUCUUCGUCCUGGGAGACACACAGCCUGUAGAGUAUGGUAUAAAGAAGUUGAAGUACAUGCCCUACCAUCACCAACACCAGUACUUCUUCCUCAUUGGACCUCCACUACUUAUUCCAGUGUAUUUCCACAUCCAGAUAUUGCGGACCAUGUUUUUACGACAGGACUGGGUGGAUCUGGCGUGGUCGAUGAGUUUCUACCUUCGCUUCUUCUGCUGUUACUAUCCCUUCUUUGGUUUCUUUGGCUCAGUAGCAUUGAUCAGCUUCGUCAGGUUUUUGGAAAGCCACUGGUUUGUAUGGGUGACCCAGAUGAAUCACCUUCCUAUGGAGAUGGAUCAUGAGAGACACCAGGACUGGCUCACCAUGCAGUUGAGCGCUACUUGCAACAUUGAACAGUCAACCUUCAACGACUGGUUCAGUGGACACCUCAACUUUCAGAUUGAACACCAUCUGUUUCCUACCAUGCCCCGUCAUAACUACCACCUGGUGGCUCCUCUGGUUCGUACUUUGUGUGAGAAACAUGGAGUUCCCUAUCAGGUCAAGACUUUGAAGAAAGGCAUCAUUGAUGUUGUCAGGUCACUGAAGAAGUCAGGGGAUCUGUGGCUGGAUGCAUAUCUCCAUAAAUAAAUCCCUUCCUGACUCUGGACGGGAUUUUAAAUCCAUCGCAGAUAAACAACCUGCGAACAGAGAUAGAUUGAAAAAUGGACAUUUCCUAGACGUUUGUGUUGAUAAUGAUCGCUGCAAACAGCGUGGAUGUUAGCUCAAGCGUAAAUCAUCUUUUUAAAAAAACUCAAUCACAGUGCACAGGUCUGCAUGUCAAACUUGAUGUCUGUGGUGAACCCCCCCCCCCCCCACCCCCAUCUUAAAACUGCCUACCAGACAGAGUACUUUAAUGUACAGGUACUAUAUAGUAUACUACUACUACAUAUAAUACUACAUAGUAGAGUAAUAAUGUAAUAAUGUAUUGUGUUAUUUGCUGAUGUUGUUCAGAUGUCACUGUUUUAACCUUGUUUGGACCCCAGGAAGAGUAGCUGUUAAUGAGAAUACAAAUAUUCUGUAUUAUAUCUGAGUGGCCUGUCUGUGUGGUGAUAUCACUGUGUGGGUUACAUUGCUGUGCGGUAUUUUCUACCAUAGUAUAGUGUUAACCGAGUUUUCAAACAUGUCUUAUACACUGUAAAAUUUGCAUUGUCAUUUUUUUUUAAAUACCUUUUUUUUAGUAUUAUUUGAGUACAAGACUAUCAUGUCAAUCAACGACAGGACACUCACUGUUCUGUGAAUGUGAGUUGCCUUCACUGAGUUCAGGGUCGUGUUCAGUUGAGAGAAAACGUUUUGAAACAAGGAGGUAGAACCUGAAAUUGUCCAAUAGGAAUAUUGAUUUUUCUGUUGUCCGUUGCAAAACGUUUUGCUACAAUAUGCCCUAUUGAAAACGAUCCUAGAUUAUGUGGCUGAGCUAUUGCUCUGUAAAGUAUGGUGGUUAGUUUACAGCUAUACACUAAGGGGAGCUCUAUGGAGAUAGGUUGCUGCGGUUACAACAUUUUGGCAGUAAUCUACCCCCCCCUCCAUUGUGCUCACUCUGUCCAUGGACCUGUUUUUGAAGGCAGAAGCUAAUGGAUUUCUCUUCUGUAAAAAUCAGACUAGAAUAAAACUCUUUGUCUUGUUUUUCUUUUUCCCCAGACAAAAGAAACAGGUUGAUACUUAAUGAUAAUCUACUUUCGAAUUAUUCUUUGGCUAUGUCUUAUAUUUAUUACAACAACAAACAUUGUAGUAAUCGUGCGGUGGCAGAAUUGGGGUGUGCUGAUGGAUCUUCUCAAGGCUUAAUGCUCUGUUCUGUGUUGGGACUGUGAUGGAACUGUUGCUUUGUAUAAAAUAACUGUUGUGUAAACAAUUUGAUUGUAUGAUCACCUCCCAUUAUAUAAGGGACAUAUAGCCAUUUACUCUUAGAGCUCCUUUCCUGACUGCAACCAGAGAGAGACCUAACUUGCAGCUGCUCAUAUCUAUUAAAGAUUCACUAUUAUACAAU